UUUCCGGAAACACAAACAAACCCAACUCCCGAGUAUGUUUUGGUCAGAAACGAUAUGAUUGUGUGAUUAUGUUACCAGUUUUUAAAGUCUGUUGACCACGUCAUCUCAGUUAUACUGUGACUAUCGUCAUGAUUCUCACACAUGAUCAGUUAGGAAUCGGAUUAAAGAAAUGCCUUUUGUUUGGUAACCGUUUGAGGGCUCACAACAACUGUCACAAGCUGCGCCUAACCUAUUUGUUCUGCUGGUAACAUGACACGAUUGACAUCUUUAGUGGUAUUUUUCGCUGGAAUAGCAUGUGCUAUCUUCAUCCCCUUUUUCUCGCACUAUUUGGGGUUCCAUUCUGAAAGCAUUUGGAAGACUAAAUUCAAACAAAAAGCUUUUACAGCUAUUCCUGAUGAAGACCAGAUUCGAGUGUCUGAAGAUAUCCAUCUGGAAGUUGCUCUGAGAGCUGCAAGUGAUGUUAAUGUUGCUGAUAUCAAUCGAAAUUCUGCUGCUGAGGCAGAAGCAGAAGGCUCACUGCAUGCUGCACUUGAAAUGAAGCGUCAGGGGAAGCUAGAAAAAGCUUUAAAACUUUUUGAGCAUGCAUACAUACUUGCUCCUUUACAUACUGAUAUCCUCAACCAUUAUGGAGAAUUUCUAGAAGACACUCAAAAGGAUAUAAUUAUGGCUGAUCAGUUAUACUUCCAGGCACUUACAUAUUCACCUGGUAAUACCAGAGCUCUUGUUAAUAGACAACGCACAGCUCAUGUUGUUGAGCGAAUGGACCUUGCAGUACUGCAGCGUAUUGAUAGAAAGAGGGACGAGGUAUCAGCCAUACCUGAUCAUGCACCAGGAUUAAGAAGAGCAAAGAAAGAAGCUUACUUCCAACAUAUAUAUCAUACAGUUGGUAUUGAAGGGAAUACAAUGACACUUUCUCAAACAAGAUCAAUUCUGGAGACUAGAAUGGCAGUUGGUGGGAAAAGUUUAAUAGAGCAUAACGAGAUUUUAGGUUUGGAUGCAGCAAUGAAAUUUAUUAACUCUUCCCUUAUUAAUCGUCUUGGAAUGAUUACUGUUGAAGAUAUACUAGAAAUUCAUCGGAGGGUCCUGGGCUAUGUGGAUCCUAUUGAAGGAGGUUCUUUCAGACGUACCCAAGUGUAUGUUGGUGGUCAUAUUCCUCCACACCCUUCAAACAUUUAUUCUCUAAUGGGGGAAUUCAUUUUGUGGCUUAACUCAGAGCAAGCAGCUAGAAUGCAUCCUGUCCGGUAUGCAGCUCUUGCCCAUUACAAAUUAGUCGCAAUUCACCCAUUCAGUGAUGGCAAUGGUAGAACUUCUCGACUUCUUAUGAAUGCCAUUCUUAUGCAAGCAGGUUUUCCUCCUGUGAUUAUUCUGAAACAAGAUCGCAGCCACUACUACAAACAUCUUGAAAUGGCAAAUAGAGGAGAUGUCCGACCUUUUGUACGUUUCAUUGCCGAAUGCACUGAACGAACUUUAGAUCUCUUUCUUUGGGCCACCUCUGAAUAUGCUCAAGAAUUUCCUGCUCUAGAGACUAUUAAAGACUCCAGUCGGACUAUUUUUGUGGAUGAGAGUAGUUUGAAAGUUGAUUCAUCCAUUUAUGCUGAUGUAGAAGCAUCUACUUGUGAUGCUUCUGACUGUGAUAACUUUGAUUAAAUUUUUUCAGAUGUAGUUUUUGUUGAGUUAAAAGGUGGGUUCACAAUCAACUACCUUAUGCUAAACGUGUUUUUCUUAAGCAAAGUCCACUUAAAAGUACAUCUUAUUGUUGGUACUUUUGCAUACCCUAAGCAAAAUCAUGCCGAACUGAGGCAGUGAUUUCUCAUAGCUCCAGGGUUGUUGUGAACGCUCCAUGCGGAUGAUAUAGUACUCUUAGCUGAAGAAGAACAUAUUUAGUCUAAGAGAGCUGAUUGUGAACCCACAAUCUUUAAUCGUUGUGUUUUUAUUUAUUUAUCUUGAGAUUCUGUGAUCUUCUUUUACCUUGUGUCACUGUUUUCAUCAGAGCAUAGUCAUUGCCAAGUGCCCUCUAUUUUCAGUAUACUUUUUUGUGUUCUUUGUACCUUUAGUAAUAAUGAGGUAUGUUCAAAUUUUACUCACCAUUUUCAGUGAUUACAAAGCAGUAUUACAUUUAUUAAUUCAGAUUACCCUGUAGCCUACAAACCUGUUACUCAUGUAUAUUCAGUGCUUUGUUUAUUAAUACAUUUGUGUGUGAGAUUGCCACAUCACAAUUGUUUAAGGGUCUCAUUGCAGAACACGGAUUUAUGGAUUGUGAUUUUCCUGAAGGCUUUAGGCUUGAGGCUCAAGCUAAUAGAAAUUUAUGGGUUUUACUCUUGUCUCUUGCCAUAGACAAUUUCUGAAGAGAAAAUAUAUGAAGACUUAAACUGUUUCUCACUCCUGAAGACUUAACUGUGAGAGGAGUUCUAGACACUGGGCAAUCGGACAAGAACUCCUCUCUUGAACUCUCGUUUUCACCUCAUGUCGUAUGUACCUUUCAAUCGGAAAUGGUCAGGGUGGAACUUCAGAGGUAUUUUUCCUCAAAUUGCAAUGGAGUUUGGUGAAUUUUAAUGAUGAAUUUCUAUGAUUUCUGACAGAAGUUCAUGAAGUUGAACUUUAAAGUAAGUUGAUCAAUAUUGGGCCUAUUUCCCCUUGCACUCCUUCAGCAGAGUAUUUCAUUUAUGUUUUGUUUGUGACCUAGUCUUGUUUCAAGUUCCUAGAACUGAGCUGGUCUUGGUUUCUGCUGUUUUGUUUAUUCAUUAAUUAGUCUAUAAUUUAUUUGAUUUUAUUAUUGAAAACUUCCAAUGUGUCUCACCAUUUUGUUAUUAUUGUCUUCCGAAAUAUAUACUCAAAUAGCAACUGGAAA